AUGCUCUCAUGGAGCAAUUUAAGUAAGACGCCCUGGUCGCAACUUCCGUCCUUCAUUUUCACUUUCCUCUCCUUUCUACCACAUAUAUCAUGGGCUUCAGAGUGGAUCGGCUAUUCGUCAGAUGGAUAUGCUACUAUGACACACUACAGCCUUCCAGAAAACUUUAUUGCAGCAUGCGGGUGUACAUCCACGAGCACAGAUUAUCCAACUGCUGCAAUGAAUCAGAUGGCAUACGGCAGCAGUACAUCCUACGGCCCCGCUUGUGGACAAUGCUUCAAUCUCACCCUACUAAACUCUUUCCUUUCAAAUCCCCCUUUCUACCCCAACGUGACAAAAUCAGUAGUCAUCAAAGUCACUGACUUAUGUCCAUUAUCUCAUUCCGGCUGGUGCAAUGCAACUACGCAUGGGCCGAACGCUGGUAGUCACUACUUGAAUUUUGACCUCGCAUGGCCCUCAUCUUCGAUUCCAAACGAUUUCUUUCCAUCAAAUGAACCACUUUAUGGUUAUACUGACUUUGGCGUCUGGAAUAUCAGUUACCAGUCGGUCUCAUGUACAAAUUGGAAGGGCUGGAACAACGCUGCUGCUCUCGGGAGUGUGGUUAACCUGGGAUACAGCGCAUGCUGUCCCAACAAUCCAGCUGUUAGUCAUACUAAUGAUACUUGUCCGUCAUAUUCUGACGACAGUGGCAUCCCGUAUGUGCCUUUUCGCUCAUUUCUCGAAAAAAAAAUUCUGACAGUGUGUACGGCCAAAAGACCUGACACGCAAACAUCUGGAUUUGCUAUAUCCUCACCGAUUUCGCUCCUUCCUAUCGUCACACUCGCUGUAUCGUUAGUAUCCCACGUGUUGUAA